AUGCCGCCACGAUUGAACACCACGACCUUUGCGCGAUCCAUCGCCUUUAGACCGCGAUCUCAGGUGCAAUGGCCUGUCCGGUCUUCUAUGCGACCGACGCCAUCGCAAUUCCGUCCCUACUCAGAUUCGAAUUCGAAUCCAGUCCCCGCUGCCGACCGCUCCAAGCGAGUGGAUGCUAAACCCAUCGAACACGUUUCCGAAGAGGCGGCUGCUGUUGCGAAGACUAUGGGAGAAAAGGGGCCUGAUCUGAGCCAGGGCACACCCAUUGAAGAGGUUGUGCAGGGCGACAAGGCGGCACAGGAGAAACUACCCAAGGUCAUGCAAGACAAGCUCAAGUCGCAGGCUUCCACCUCGGCACCCAAAGGCUCGCGCUCAUACUCGACCAUGACGACACAAACGGGUGGGAAUGAGGGCUUGGAUAUGGGCAUUGUAGAUUUUGACGCCAUGUCAAAGGCGCCAGAAACGCCAGGGCUGAAGUUUGGAAUGCCAACGCUCCCUUUGCCAAAGGACGGCCACGUCAAGCACCGCUACGACCCGGUAGUCGAACAAGUCACCAAUCUGCUGAUGCGACAUGGCAAGAAGAGUGUUGCGCAACGAAAUAUGGCGCUGAUUCUCCAACACCUCAGGACAUCACCCAUUCCGACAAUUAACCCAGCAAGGCCACUUCUGCCAGGCGCUCCUCCACCGUCCCAUCUUCCCCUUAACCCGAUUCUGUACCUCACCCUGGCAAUCGACUCGGUGUCGCCUUUGAUGCGCAUUCGCAGUCAGCGAGGUGCGGCUGGAGGUGGUGUUGCUCUGCAAAUUCCAGUGCCACUCGGCCAGAGACAACGACGACGCGCAGCCAUCGAGUGGAUCACUACUGCCGCCUCCAAGAGGAGAAAUGUGGGCAGUGGAAAGAACAGCUUUGCGCAGCGGAUAGCGCAGGAGCUCAUUGCCGUCGUUCAGGGCACAAGCGGUUGUUGGGAGAAGCGCAAUGCCAUCCACAAGCUCGGCAUCGCUGCUCGAGCCAAUAUUGUGUUGCCUCGAAAGCGGUAG